AUGCUCGAACGACGUCUAAAACGUCCUGAAGAAGUGACGAACGCAGUUCCCACGUAUCUAGCUCGGGUGGAAAUCCGAGCUAAAGUAGCAUAUGCUUGCGCGCGCUCGGAACCGCGCGCGCAUUUAGUCGCGACGAUGUCGCAUAGCGACGAGGAUCCUCGUGACCCAGUAAACGCUCCACAAUACAGUGCUGUGGUCCUACCACAUCCACAAGCGACGGUGGGCCCUGUAGAUGAUAGCGUUGGCUUCAUGGUUGCCCAGGAUGAUGUGGAUGCGGCGGUGAACAAGGCUGUCGAUGCUCAGCUGGAAGCUGAAGCUGCCCUUGAUCGAGCUGCACGGGCUGAGAGGACUGCGAGCGAGAUUCGACAGUCGACCCGCGAAAUGCUCGAAGGGAUGAGGAACCUGGAAUGCCAGGUUCUUGGGCCCGCGCAGAAUGGAACGCUGCCGCGUUCGAUGUCCUCAGCUCUUCAAGCAAGACAGGAGGGAAGGUCAACGUUUGAGCCUUUUCCUCCGGGGUCGGAACCAACCCGUGAAGCGUGGCCGGAGGGUACUCUUUCAGUCUCCCGACGUAGAACGUCGGUUGUAGGCGCAACGAAGAAGGGAUAUCCAGCGUAUAGGCGUCGCCGAUCUCCUUGA